AUGACUACAUCCGUUAGUCCUUCAAAUCAAAGCAGCAACGACAGCAAGUCUUUGAAAUGCAGCAGAGAUUCCCUCCAUACUGCUGUUGGCAUUUGUUUUAUGGAUAAACUACCCGACGAACUCUUAUUACAAACGUUCACAUACUUCACUCACAACGUUAAGCAACUCAGCAGGCUCGAACGAGUAUGCAAGCGAUUUAACAUAAUUGCUAAGGAUCAAAAGCUAUGGUAUUUUGUCUUCAAAUAUAAGUAUCCUACAUGGUCGAAGAAUGUAUUUUACUCGAUCGACCUUAUUAAUUGGAGAGAUUAUGUGAUACACUUGAUAAAACAGCAAGAAUCAACAAAACAGUUUUCAUUCAAAUUUAUAAAUGAAGAAGAACAAAGAGAGGUGAAAGAAGAAAAUAAGAGGGCAGUGGAAUUACAAAGAGAACCUAAUAGAAAGCGAAAAUUCCAAUGGCUUAUGGAAGCCAACAACGAACAAAAUAUGGUAGUAGUAGAAGAAGAGGAUAUCCCAGAUAGAGUGAGACCAAGGCCUCUUUUAAGAAGAACGUUUACUGAAGGGGAUAUUCUUGCCCCAGAUGUCAGAAGAACUAGAGCAAGAAUCACAGCACACAGCGACAAUAACCAUUUGCAUGAUAAUGUGCACCAUGUUAGUACUAGUUCUUUGAGACCGUUGUCUCACACUGAUAUUCACAGCAAUAUGCAAGAUUCUAACAGCUCUUGGAGACCAUUUGAUCACGCCGGUGAUUCAGAUGAAGAAUCAUUCCCUUAUACUUCCUCCAGUCCACCAUUGCCUCAGACUGAACUUCAUGACAAAACACCGUUCUGGAUACAAGAUCCACUUGUGGUAGAUAUUGAUCGUGUGACAAAAACCGGUGUUGUAGCGACAGGAAAGCAUCGUAAACGGGAUCACCAAUCUGAGCAUAUGAUAUUAUUUUGGGCUUACCCGUCUUGGAAACUAAUCAGAAAAUUUGAACUGGAACUCGUACCAAAUACACAUUCAUGUCAAAUCAUUGGCAUCCAAUCAGUGACAUUACACAAUAACCAAAAGGUUAGAUUGUUUUCUAUUGCAGUAGGUAUACCUUUGGAUAAUCCGCUAAGUGAGCAACAAGAAGAUAGAGUGGACAUAUGGAACUCGCUAUUUAUAUAUCAAUUGAAUGAUGAUGGCUCAACGGAAUGCUUGGCUCAUAUUAAAGUUUCUGAUGUGUUUCUGGGAAGAGAAGUUUUUCUAUUCUCUGAAGCAUCUUGGGGACAAUUAAACGACGAAAAUAUAAUUGGUGAUAAACAUGGUGGCAGCGGCAUCAUGUCUACAGCUUCAACAACCUCAACUACUUCAAAGGUCAAAGACUGGCUGAAAAUCAUAUCACCUGAACAUAUCGAUUAUGAUCCUAAUUAUACCAUAUUCGUCUUAGCAAUGGGACCUGUGUAUCAGAGAAUUACUGGUUGUAUACAGCUUGCCAAAUUUGAUAUUCGCUCUAGCUAUCGAGAAGAAGUAUUAGAUCCAGCAAGAGUGCCCUGUGUAUGGGACAGACAUAAGCGCGAAUUAGUGCCUAUGAAAGAAGUCAGUAUGUUUCAGUUUUAUCAAUGUACUUCACAGCGAGACCGAUUUGGGAAUCCAAUGGCGACCACUCAAGGCAACAGUACUAGCAGUAGUAGCACCAAUGACAGCCGAUCGUCUUCUUGUGAUCGACCUAUAUCUAUUAUGAAAAGAAUUCUCUUGGGACGAUCCGUCAGCUGCAUGAUACACUUCAAAUACCCACCACAGUUAAAUCACUUAAUCUGUACAGGUUCCUAUGACGACGACGAAUUGUCAGUUUAUGACUGGCGAUUUGGGUUGAAAGUCGGUUCCUUGCCUUGGAAAAUAGCGACUCCGCCAACAGGAGUUGAUAAUGAAGUUGAAUCUGCAGCAAUGAAUAAUGAGAAUAACAUUAACAAUGAUGACUUACGCACAGCAGCAGCAAGAGCAGAAGCAGCCCUUGAUGCUCAAGGAUUAAAUGUCGUCAUUGAAAACGAUGACGUUCGGCAACCGUUGCGUGGAGCUGACUUUACUAUGCACGAAAUAGAACAAUUGUUAGGGGGAAAUCUAAGAGAUUUAGUAGCUAAUGCUGCACGGAAUGAAACCAACGAAGAUAAUAUGAUUAUUGAGGGGCUAGAAAGGGAAGAAGACCAGCAACAAGAAGUACAAGAAGGAGACGAAGGUAUUGUAACGGAUCAGGUAGAUGCCAGACCUUGGGGUCUGGAGUCUACAUUUGUUAUACCUGCUUAUUGGUCUUCAAGUGAUACUGCAACAUCUUCAUUGGCAGAUCAUGGAUUAAGGUUGAUUGCUGUUGGAGAUACUCGAAAUGAAGGACCUAGAAGCAAACUCGAAAUCAAAAUCUGGGAUAUAUCGUAUUUAUUGAAUGUAAAGUGGGAUCCUUUAGCAGAAGACCACGCCGAGCAAAGAUCGACACAGGAUGACCAGCAAUGCAAUAACAUAGCCGAAACAGAAACGAAAGAUGUAGAGGCAGACGAUAUGAAAGGCUUGCCAGAGCACGUAAAAUUGGGAAUACUCCAUCGAUUUCCAUGGUGGCCGAGAAGAACAAAAGAACUUUCUAGAUUAGCGAUUCACAUGAUUAAAAGUGAGUUGCCUAAAACUUCUUUCGCUUCACCAUUCAAUCCACAACUAUCAAUGGAAAAAGAACAAAAUGAAGCUAAAAGCUUCAAGUUGCCUUACUCACCCGUCAAUGAAGAUCAAUCUAUGCUACUAUGUCAUACUUUUGAUAAGGAUGAGCAGCAAGAAGAAAGCCAUCAGCAACGAACCACUUUAUUUCCUCCUGCUUCUACUGAUACGGUUGAUGUUACCGAUACUUUCAAUGCGGAUAACCGUGCAGGGAAUAUUCCUGUAAGAUAUACUGCUUAUAACGUUCUAUAUACGUCUUUAUUCUUGCUGACGGAAGACGGUAAAGUGACGGUGAUGGAUAUCGAAACCGGGGAAAUCACAGGCACUGUAAAUAACGUUGCGGAGGGAGCUUCUUCACCAGAUGGUAGUAGGAGCGGGCUCAAUGAAAUUCACGGUAUUGACGUGAAUGUUAUAGGUGGAAAAGAAGUUGUCGUAACAAGUAAAGAGGGUAUAUUGAGAGGCAUGGUUUGA